AUGUUCAAAGCCGUGCAGCGGCGCAGUGUGGCCACGGUCGAGCUGCUCCUGCGCCAACGCCGCAUCCACGUCAACCAGACCACCACCAUAGGCAACGAGACGCCGCCAAUGGUUGUUGUACGGCUGCAUGCCCUCGCCAUCGUCGAGCUUUUGCUUGGAAAUGGCGCCAACAACGCACCGCUCAUGAUUGCACUCCGGCGUGACUGCACCGACAUUGAGGUGGCGCUCGAGACUCGCAACGUCUUGGACGUGCACUACGACGACAGUUUCGGCGUUGGUGUCUCUGGCCAAGUGUAUCAGUUCAGCGACCGGUCGAUUUGGACCGAAAUCUGA